UGAGGGCUGCUGUGGGAUUGGCUAAGGGCGCUUGGUGGGCGCGGUCUGAGGGCGCAGAGUGGCAGUUGCUGUGAGGCACCGGGCGAUGUGUUCCUGCUGGGGCUGAGCCGCUACCGGGAGCGGCGGAGGGAUAUGGAGGACGUUAACUCCAAUGUGAGCGCAGACCAGGAGGUGCGGAAGCUGCAGGAGCUCGUCAAAAAGCUCGAAAAGCAAAAUGAACAGCUCCGGUUACGUUCCAACCACACUCCGAGCUCUCCCCGGGCAGCCACUCCUGUCAGCCAGCAGCCCCGGGCACAGGCCGUUCCGCCAGCCGCCUCUUUCCAACUUUUUGCCGGCCGUAGCCUGAGCCCGGGGCCUGGUCUGUAUGAGAGACCGGCUGGGCUAGCGGACGGGGCGACAUGGGAAGAGCUGCUGGAGGAAGCCAUAGAGGAAAGGAGGAAGGACGGGGAGAGCGGCCUCAUGCUGGAGCAGCUAGUGCCACUUCGGCCGGAGGAACUGGAGAGGAUGGUCCCCUUUGAUGAAGAGGAGAGCUGGCUGUAUACGUCACCAAAGAAAAAGUUAACACCUUUUCAGAAAUCGAUGAGUCCGCUGGUUUGGUGCCGUCAAGUUUUUGACUGUCCUAGUCCUGAUGUGGAAUGUGCAAAAAAGUCAAUUAUCCAUAGGCUUGAACAAACCAUGUCUGCCAACAAGCGGCAGAGUAUGUACAGCAGUCCCUAUAACACAAACAGCUAUGCUGGUUCUUACAGUCCAAAUGCAACUGGGAGCCCAUACAGUAGUGGAUUCAAUUCCCCAUCAUCCACCCUUAUGAGACCUCCGAUAGUAAGGCAACUGGUACUGCCUAGUAGCACAGGACACUAUAAAAAUUCCGCUGAUAAAAACCUGCCUCCUGUAAGUCCUCAGGACUCCAUAGACAGUGAGCUGAGCACUUCUGAGAUGGACGAGGAUUCUGUAGGGUCAGGUUAUAAGCUCAAUGAUGUCACAGACGUCCAGAUUUUAGCGAGAAUGCAAGAAGAGAGUCUCCGGCAAGAGUAUGCAGCCACUGCGUCGCGCCGUAGUUCUGGCUCAUCGUGCCACUCUAUGAGAAGAGGGACGUUUAGUGACCAGGAACUUGAUGCUCAUAGUUUGGAAGAUGAAGAAGAUGGGGUUCAACAGCCAAUGCACCUUUCAGUGAAUAGAUUCUCCCCUUCUCCACGUCAGUCACCUCGCCCUUCCCCUAGGCAUUCGCCAAGAAAUUCUCCACGCUCAAGAUCCCCUGCACGAAGCAUGGAAUACAGAGGAGUCUCCCCACAGCCUAUGAUAAGCCGUUUGCAACAGCCUCGACAUUCCCUUCAGGGCCAUUCGUCUGAAAUGCAGACUAACGUGGUAAAAAAUGAAGAUAAACUGAGACGCAGUCUUCCAAACCUCUCCCGAGUGACAGGGAUUCAGACAGUAGAGCCAGUGAAAAACAGCAGAAGCUUUGAAUCCAACCUACAGGUGCCAAAUGGAGGAGCAUCCCGCGCACCAAGCUCUUCCACAGCAUCAAAAAGGCAAAUGCACAUACCACGUGCAGCUCAGAAAGCAAAACAGGUUGUUCCACCUGCAGCCCUUAAUAAAGUACCAUCGCCAUGUAAAUUCCGCUCUCCCACAGCACCAUCUCCAUUAGCAUUGCGACAGCCAAUGAAAGCUCUAACAAAUCAUGGCUCCCAGAUCCCACAAGAAGCUGCCACUGUUAUGCAAAGCAACCCUUCUCCUGUACCUCCUACUGGCCAGCCCUCUGGCUCUGCUAGCCCUGGAAGGACUGGCUCUGCAAUAAGAAGUGGCUUACCCAGACCAAGCACACCUUCAGGGGGAAACAUACCAGUGCCUCGCAGCAAACUUGCACAGCCGGUGCGGAGAUCAUUGCCAGCUCCUAAAUCCUAUGGUAACAUGAAAGAUGACAGUUGGAAGGAAGGCUGCUACUGAACUGCAAAAUCCUUGUGCUUUGUUGUUCAAUGGACUCCCUGCCAAGAUAGCAGCUGUGGAGCCCACUCCGAUGGGCCAGUUGGGGAUUUUGCAAACCCAUCCCAGGGCCCUCUGUCCAUAAUUAGCACAAGAGGCAGAGGCUACAAAACAGGAGCACUUUAUGGACAUUUACCAUCACUCAUGUUAUAGCCAUGCAGUCACAGGGAGGAAAUCCCUUUUAUUUUUAUUUAUUUUAUUUUUAUUCUGAGUUCCAGUACCACUUUUCUCUUGGGUUUACCGCACACCUUGGCUUCUUUAGUAAGUAAAGCAGUCCUUUGCUACUUUGCCAAAGAACAAUGUCCUAGAAAUAUACCUUUGUUUUAUUUUUUUACUCUGCGUUUAUUACAAUUAUCGCUAAAACUUGACUGCAGUUUGUGCAGUGCUACAAUCACUGACCCGUCUUCAUUCUGUAAUGAAAGCAAAUGACAAACGUUCUCUUUGGUUUAGUUUUUUGGGGUUUUUUUUUUUAUAUGUUAUAAUUGGUUUCCUGCCUGCUAUAACUGCUUCACUGUAUUUUAAUUAGGAUUUUUAUUUUCUUAUUGCAAUAUUUGUAUCAGCAAAAAAGUUACUCCUUUUUCUUCAUCUAUUUAUUAUUCCCACUAACAUAGUAUGUGUAUUGUAAUUAAGGUGCAGUACAUUGUAACUGGCUAGAACAACUUGAGCCUUGCGGCUGACCAUUUUUGCACUGUUCUAUGAUAAGGAGAGCCAAGGGCUUCAUCCAACAAAAAUCUUCAUGGCUGUAUUCACAGUAUAUGUGAACUUUACUUGUUUGCCAAAGGGCUUGAACAAUCUUGAAGACCUGACAUUGGAGGGAUGACUCCUGGCUUGGGAUCUCUGUGCAGUGACACGGUGCUAUGGAAGGCUGCGUGUUGCCUUAGAUGGAGAAGUUCUGUAGGCAGGCUCGUGCCAAGUACAACACAGCUCUGAGGCAGAUAUAUGACCAGAAAACUAUGCACUUGUAUUUAUAUAAUAUGGUUUAGAUUGCUUCUAUUCAUUGCUGGAGGACACUGAGCAUGUAGCCCCUUCCCUGCUAGCCAUGACUGCAAUAGCAUUAGUGCCCCAGUGGCAGGUAAAGCACAGGCGCCCCACACCUUGCCAGACAAUCUUAGCUUAAUAGUAGAAACAUAGGGGUUUCUACAGCAAGUGAUGCAGAGCAGGAUCAUUGGCAGUGAAGGUGCUUAUUGGAAAGGGUUUUUUUAACCUUUUAAUAUUUUACAGUGUUUUUUUAUUGUAGUUCUUGUUUCCUCUUGUUGCAAUUUUGUAUUUUGCCUUACAUAGUCCAUAUGUAACCUUACCAAUGCCAGCACAUGCAAUUCUACUUGAGCUGUUUACAGACUUACAAAGGGUUCCUGCACAUUCUCCCUAUGUUUAUGUCUCUCACAUUCACAGAUAUUCACAAGAUAUUCUAUUGCUAGCCCUUGUCAAUCAGACCUCUACUCUGUCAGACACAGGGUAUGUUAGGCACAUUUCUCUGGGAGGGGGACAGGAGACACUUUGUGGGAUUUCUGUUCCUUUGGAUUUCUGAAGUUUUGGUGCCUCCAUGAUUUUCGCAAGAGCUGGUGGGCAAAGAAUCCAGAAUCAGUGGCAAUCAUUGGGCAGAAGGCUUCAGGGAAAGCCUUAGGUGCCUGUUGUACCUGUGUUAGUGCUAUGGAUAGGGCUAUUUCUACACAAAUGUCUGACUGUUUACUGCUGAGUUCAGACUAACAUGCCUGACGAAGGGCUCCUUUAUCCGCAUUCACAGGACAAUGCUCAGAUCUUAUACUGUGCAUUUUUUUCAACCAUGCUAAAAGCUUGUUAAAUUUUUUUUUUUAUAGUUAUUAAAACCCUUAAGUACAUUUCCCCAGACUCUAGGUUGUACUUUCAGUUAUUUCUGGUAAUAGGAUUCACAACCAUAAGCUGGACAUACCACUUGUUUGUGAAAUAUGUGCUAAUUCUCCUCUGCCAGGCCAUUAGGCUACUCAAUCACCUGUAACCUGACUCUGUGUAUCAUGGGAUUAGUUAACCCCACUUCACAGUCACUAGGUUUCACCUGAACCUAGGGGAUUGGGGUCUUUUCUAGUCCUUGGGUUGGAAUCAUUCAGUCUGUUUCCUCGAAUAACUGCUCGCCAAGAGUGCAUUGUAAUUCUGAUCUUCUGAUUGGUUUCCCAUAGUUUUGAUAAGGGAACAUAUAUAUAGUUUUUGGGGUUUUUUUUCCAACCUUAAGUGCAAUGCAAAUAGGGCUGAGAGAAUAGGCAUAUGCUUUAGCAGAUCCACCCUCAGACUCAGCAGUGUCAUAUUGUAGUUGGUGAUUCUGACACUGUAUUUGAAUAGGAAUAUUGUCAGUGUCCUUUCAAGCCCCCAGCCUCUUGUUACCUGGGGAUGCCUUGGUGCUGCUUGGCUGAAGGGGCUGUUUCCAUAGGUUUUGUAGCCUGUUCCCCCAGCCCAUGGUGAAGACUAAGCACAGUGCAGGCUUUGUACCAGCAGCAGGAGGGCCUACAAUGUACUACUCACAGGCAACAAAGGGAAAACACUGGCACUGUUUGUGUGAAAUCUAAGAAAGUGUCUGUACACUUCAUCCUCUACCGGCAUGUCCCAUCUUUGUCCAUACACAGCUCUAGUCCUGACCAUACAGUCACAGGGAGAGGUAUGGGAUCUCAUGGUGAGUUCCUCCUGUAGGGAUAGGGAUCCAGUCAUUUGCCUUUGUCAAACCAUUAUAUUGUUGCAAUGGACAGAAAUUAAGUAAGUAUUUCUAUAUGCUUUAAAACGAUGCUGUUCUUGUAUAAUCAUUGGUUGAGAUUUAAAUGUAAACAUUCUUUGCAUCUGCUUACAUUGCCUCAGCCCAAGCCCCCUCCUCUUUUAUUGUUAAAGGGUAAGUUAUACCAAGAAAUAUAGUUUAAAUGAAUAACAUAGCCAAGGGGGGCUGCCAGCCAAGUUACAGGACUGUAGGUCCCACAAAUACAUAGCAUAUCACAGAUUUACAUCGAAAUUAGACAAUAUUUUAGUGCAUAAGGGGAGAUAAACAGACUAAUAUCAUUCAUCCUUUUCCUAUGGGGUGAAAGACUUUCUCAUAUAAAUUGGGCUGGUGUUCCCAAGAUAUCUGUCUAUUUGCAGUUAGUGGGCAGAUAGAAGAUAUAGUCGUGAAUAAAAUAUUUUCACUUUUUGGUGGUACUGGCCCUUUAACUCCGUGCCAGGCAUUGAAACAGCAAUGCACUAAAAGUAAGUAGCUUUUCAGGGGUAAACGUUCCUGUGGGAGGGGGGCCCUGAUUAGUGCCAUAAUGUGUAUGCCCUGCCGUAAAGCAACACAGGAUUUUUGUUCUGUGCCACAAAGGAAAAAGAAUAGUCACAUGACUACCAGGAAAUGGAUUCCUCCAUGCAAGUCACAAACUUUUCCAGAAAGAACUUUGUUUAUUUUUCCAUAAAAAUAAUAUAAAUAUUACACAUAUUCAGGCAAACGUUAACACAUUUUAUUCUGGUGCCAGCACCCCUUUACUUUAGAGCAGCCCUCUCUUGCAUGUUGUUCCCUCACUGUAAUACACAGCACCUUGAGAUUUUAUUUACACAUAUGUUUAGUAAAUUAGGACUGCCAAUGGAAAUCUACCCAUUAUGAUGACAUUUUAGGUUUAACCAGCUAUUAAAGCUACACACAUUAUAAUAUUGCAGUUUUAUUCUGGUGUAUUUCAUAUCCAGUAUAUCAUGUUUGCUAUACAGAGAGACUUGGUACUCGGGCUCCAAUCAGAAGCCUAGAGUGUGGGCGGGGCUUGAGUCACACUCAUCAGCAUUUUCAGUUUGCCAUGGUAACAUCCGAUAUACAGACAUUGUCACAAAGAGGUACCUCUAUGUAUUUUUAUUGAGAAACAUACCUACCUGUUGUCCUUUCAUAUACCAGGAACAGGGUGUUACUGUGCGUCGAGGCGUCGCGGGGAGAAGCGUGGAUAUGAUAAAUAGUGCCUAUGAUUUAUUUAUGUUUGUGUAUUAAAAAAGGGUUUUGAAUGUGGAUUAUUUUUGUGCCAACGCCUAAAUUGUCAUUUGUAUGUAAACAAGCAGGUGUGUCCUGUAUAAUAUCCUGCUCCAAAGUUAUUUAAAGUUUUGUAUGUGUGUUAAUAAAAAAAUGUAUAAAUUGUAAAAAUACAGAUUUUCUUAACAAAUG